GGAGGGAGCGGCGGCAGCGGCGGCAGCGGCGGCAGCGGCGGCGGCAUUGUGCGCGCACCAGCAGCCCGGCCCGGGAGGAGCAGGACGCGCCGGGGCCGCCUCCUCCCGCACGGACCGAUGAACCAGCCGGGCGGCGCGGCGGUUCCGCAGGCUGACGGAGCCAGCGCGGCUGGAAGGAAAAGCACGGCGAGCAGGGAGCGCUUGAAGCGCAGCCAGAAGAGCACCAAGGUGGAGGGGCCAGAGCCCGUGCCGGCCGAGGGCUCGCUGAGCGCCGAGCAGGGGACGAUGACGGAGGUGAAGGUGAAGACGGAGGUGCCCGACGACUACAUCCAGGAGGUGAUCUGGCAGGGCGAGCCCAAGGAGGAGAAGAAGGCCGUCAGCAAGGAUGGGACGGGCGACGUGCCUGCCGAGAUCUGCGUGGUGAUUGGCGGCGUCCGCAACCAGCAGACCCUCGGGUCCUACGAGUGUGGGAUCUGUGGCAAGAAGUACAAGUACUACAACUGUUUCCAGACCCACGUACGCGCACACCGAGACACUGAAGCCACCUCAGGGGAGGGAGCCUCCCAAGGCAAUAAUUUCAGGUACACAUGUGACAUCUGCGGGAAGAAGUACAAAUACUACAGCUGUUUCCAGGAGCACCGGGACCUGCACGCAGUGGAUGUGUUCAGUGUGGAAGGGGCCCCCGAGAACCGGGCAGAUCCCUUCGACCAAGGUGUCGUGGCCACUGAAGAGGUGAAGGAGGAACCCCCGGAACCAUUCCAGAAAAUCGGGCCAAUGAACAAUAUUACAUCAGAAAUUUUUAAGAAGAAAGAAGUUAGGCAGACCCAAAAGAGAGAAACCGGCAAUUACACCUGUGAAUUCUGCGGGAAGCAGUACAAGUACUACACGCCCUACCAGGAGCACGUGGCCUUACACGCCCCCAUCAGUACCGCCCCCGGGUGGGAGCCACCGGACGAUCCAGACACGGGCUCUGAGUGCUCACAUCCAGAGGUCUCCCCGACUCCACGCUUCGUGGCCGCGAAGACCCAGACGAACCAGUCGGGGAAAAAAGCUUCGGCCUCCGUGGUCCGAUGCUCCACCCUCUUGCACCGCACCCCUCCAGCCACCCAAACCCAGACGUUCCGCACUCCGAAUUCGGGAUCUCCGGCGAGCAAGGCAACUGCAGCAGAAAGCGCUUUCAGUCGGAGAGUAGAAAGCAAAGCACAAAACCACUUUGAAGAGACGAAUAGCAGUUCCCAAAACUCCAGCGAAACUGCAAGUCCCCUGAUUUCCAAUACUUUCCCUCUCCUACAGAAACCCUACACGUGCGGCGCCUGCGGGAUCCAGUUCCAGUUCUACAACAACCUGCUGGAGCACAUGCAGUCCCACGCAGCGGACAAUGAGAACAACAUCGCCUCCAACCAGUCCCGGUCACCCCCCGCUGUCGUGGAGGAGAAGUGGAAGCCCCAGGCCCAGAGGAACAGCGCCAACAACGCCACGACCACUGGUUUGACAUCCAACAGCAUGAUCCCCGAGAAGGAGCGGCAGAACAUCGCAGAGCGGCUGCUGCGGGUGAUGUGCGCCGACCUGGGUGCGCUGAGCGUGGUAAGCGGGAAGGAGUUCCUGAAACUGGCCCAGACGCUGGUGGAUAGUGGCGCCCGAUACGGGGCCUUCUCGGUCACUGAGAUCCUGGGCAAUUUCAACACGCUGGCGCUGAAGCACCUGCCGCGCAUGUACAACCAGGUGAAGGUGAAGGUGACGUGUGCCUUGGGCAGCAACGCCUGCCUGGGCAUCGGCGUCACCUGUCACUCCCAGAGCGUCGGCCCCGACUCCUGCUACAUCCUCACCGCCUACCAGGCCGAGGGCAACCACAUCAAGAGCUACGUGCUGGGUGUGAAGGGAGCGGACAUCCGCGACAGCGGCGACCUGGUGCACCACUGGGUGCAGAACGUGCUGUCUGAGUUUGUGAUGUCGGAGAUCAGGACAGUGUACGUGACGGACUGCCGGGUGAGCGCGUCCGCCUUCUCCAAGGCCGGCAUGUGCCUGCGCUGCUCAGCCUGUGCCUUGAACUCGGUGGUGCAGAGUGUGCUGAGCAAGCGGACGCUGCAGGCCCGCAGCAUGCACGAGGUCAUCGAGCUGCUCAACGUGUGCGAGGACCUGGCGGGCUCCACGGGCCUCGCCAAGGAGACCUUCGGGUCGCUGGAGGAGACCUCGCCGCCGCCCUGCUGGAACUCGGUCACGGACUCGCUGCUGCUGGUGCACGAGCGCUACGAGCAGAUCUGUGAGUUCUACAGCAGGGCCAAGAAGAUGAACCUCAUCCAGAGCCUCAACAAGCACCUGCUCAGCAACCUGGCGGCCAUCCUGACGCCCGUGAAGCAGGCGGUCAUCGAGCUGAGCAACGAGAGCCAGCCCACCCUGCAGCUGGUGCUGCCCACCUACGUCAGGCUGGAGAAGCUGUUCACGGCCAAGGCCAAUGACGCAGGCACCGUCAGCAAGCUCUGCCACCUCUUCCUGGAAGCCCUCAAGGAGAACUUCAAGGUGCACCCGGCGCAUAAGGUGGCCAUGAUCCUGGACCCACAGCAGAAGCUGCGGCCUGUCCCGCCCUAUCAGCAUGAGGAAAUCAUCGGCAAGGUGUGUGAGCUCAUCAACGAGGUUAAGGAGUCCUGGACCGAGGAGGCUGACUUUGAACCCGCCGCCAAGAAGCCCCGCUCCGCCACUGGUGAGAACCCCACAGCUCAGGAAGACGAUCGGCUGGGGAAGAACGAAGUGUACGAUUACCUGCAGGAGCCCCUCUUCCAGGCCACCCCUGAUCUCUUCCAGUACUGGUCGUGCGUCACCCAAAAGCACACGAAACUCGCCAAGCUCGCCUUCUGGCUCCUCGCCGUGCCGGCCGUGGGGGCCAGGAGCGGGUGUGUGAAUAUGUGUGAACAGGCCCUUCUGAUCAAAAGGAGGCGACUGCUCAGUCCAGAAGAUAUGAACAAACUCAUGUUUCUGAAAUCCAACAUGCUUUAAGACGUUACUUCCGAACAAAAGAAAAGAAAAAGAGAAGAGAACGGUAGGGGAAAAAAAAAAUACACAACACUGUCGCAAACAAAGACAAGGAAUUUAAGUUCUAAACACUGUGGACCUCAUUAUAAAUGCCCCCUGGAAACUUAAGUGCUUUUUUCAGUGUGUGUGUGCAUGUGUGUGCACACACGCCUGCCCCUGUGCAGGCGUGUCCAAGCGCACGUACCGUGGGUGCGGGCGUGGGGCUCUUUGCUCACCGGCGUGGCCACAGAAGCUUCGCACAUGCGCGUGCACACACACUACCCUGGUGCAUGCGCACACGCCCGCUCGUGGGCGCGUGUGCAUUAAACUGGGCGUGUCAGGAAAGCUGAGUGUUUGGGGAAGAGGGAGGACGCUUCACCUCCCUUUCUCAGCGAGGGGCUUUUUAAGACUCCGUUUUCAGGUGUGCAGAUUGGUAGAACGCUGAUGUUGCAAGAUGUUCAGGCAGCUGAGAUCUGAAGUGACUUGACGCUCUCUGUCCCCCGCCCUGUGGUCCCCCGUUUCCCUUCACGCCCCGCCCUGGCCCCUCCCACCCCAGAUGUGCCCCGCCCCUCCCCGGCUGCCCUGCUACGGACUCUCCAGACUGCAUCAGAUGGACAGUUUCUGCACUGGACUUUGUUCUCGUUCACCUUCAGGGCAUUGAGCUGCUGCCUCGGGGGCACCUCGGGUGUCCCGGGGCGGCCGCCUUAGAAACACACCUCUCUCCCCCCAGAGCAGGAAAGGAGACUUUAAGAAUAGAAAGCUGACUUUUGGCUUUUUAAUGUAAGAGGAAAAGAAAAAGACAUAUUUCAGAGAAGUAUUAAUGCUGUCUCCACUCCUUAAUAUUUUCUCCUAACUUUUUAGCAGUUCUUACCUUUUUGUUUUGUUUCGUUUUGGUUUGGUUUGUUCCUUCAAAUUUAAUUUAGACUCUGCUAGGAGGCACUGAAUGUCUAUAACUUAUAUGUUGAAGGUUUUUUUUUUUUAAAUUGCCCUUUUUGUUCCUCAAGUCGCACUGUAAACUAGCUCAUCUCAGUGGCAUAUUCUCUCUCCUAAGGUUUUUAUUAGCCUUCCCUGUACAGUCCAGUUUCCAUGUAUUUGAACAGCAAAGACCAUGGACUAGUCUGUGCUGUUUGGAGACCAGGAGUGGGGCUGGAGCCACAGGCUCCGCAGGGGUGGGGUUCGGGGGAAGCCACGGGGAAGCACGUGGCUUUGGAGUUCUGAGUGGGAGAGGAAGCCCCGCCCUCCUGGCUCGCUGCGUCUGGUACCGCGAAUGUCUGAUUUCUAUACCCAGAGUGCAUUACACUACUCGCCGCAUCACUGACACUUCCAGCUCCACGGGGACUCCCGAGUCGAUCCCUGUUCACGUCUGUCACGCCUCAGACCCACGGCCUCCCCUCCCUCCCCAGCACCCCAGGUGGUUCCGACGGCUCCAUGGCCCGCAGCCCUGGGGCCCCCACAUGAGCCUCAGCCCUCCCUCCAGGACAGUAGUUGAGCAUGGUGCCUUGCAGGCCAAGUGAUUGAUGUCUUGAGGGUGGAAUAGCAUCCGGCCACUUGAACUUGAUGCUGUGAAAGAGGUCCUUAGGCUUUUCUCUCCUUGAGCAAUUUGGUUUCCAUACACUCAGUCCAAAUGCUGAGGGUGCGGCCUCUCCCCUCCCCCAGAGGUGGUUCCUUCGGGAUCAGUGAUCAACCCCCGGACCCCACCUCUCUGUGAAUAAAGUGCUGGUGGUCUCACGUCCGCCGGUGUCCGUGGCUGUGGCACAGAGAUGGUCACACGGCGGGCUUCAGGCUGAGGAAGAUCACCGCUGCGGGGGGGGGGGGGGGGGCGUUCACAAAGGCACAUUCUACCAUCCUUUCCUAGUAAUAAGGCAUUACUCAACUGCGAGAUACCUCGACUACAAAAAGCACUGUACAACAGUCCUCUCCCCCCGGCCCGUGGCUGGUGGGGAAGCGAAGUUGGUGAGCAAACACUGUCCCCGGGGGCCCAGCCUGCUCGCUCUGCCUCAUGAGAGCCGACGCUCUGGGCCUGGGACAUGCUGCAGCGCAUUCACUCGAGUGGGCCGUUCCCACAUUCUCUCCAGCACGCUGUGGUCUCGGCAGCCACCCUCCACUUCCUGUCCCGGAGAAGCUCCCCUCCUGGAGAGGAGACCUGUUUCCUCUGCAACAUUUCCAACUGGGGUCGCGCUAUCAGAGGAGCCUCCAUUCGCACUGGACAGUCACCUCAUGUCACUGCCUACAGUGCGUCGGCAGACCUCGGCCAGGCCUCUGGGGGCCUUCCAGAAGGCGGCUGCAGGCUUGCUGGGGAGUGACAGAUGCCUACGGCAGCUAACGGUUCCUCCAGCUUCGCUUUGCUGCUGGGGAUGGGCCCGUGGCCAGGCAUUGGAACCACACCGGGAGGACCCCAGCCGCUCCCUUCGUGUGAUCGGUGGGACCGGCCUUGGAGCCCAUCCUCCCUCUGCUUGGAGCCGAGCCGCGCUGCUGCCGCCCCACUUGAGGGCCAGGUACUUAGAAAACAGGCAUUUCUUUUUCUCGUAAAGCCAUCAGAGACCGAGUCCAGAUGUGCAUUUAGAAGCUUCUUUGGAGCGUGGGAUGUCUGCCCUCCAGGGUGAAAAUUGGAGUAAGUCUCACUUGAAUUCCAGAUCUCUUAAGUCAUAGGCAUCAGCUCCUGUUCUGUUUUUCCCCUCCACCUCAGUUCGGUCCUCAGGGCGGGUUUGGUGUCCGAGGACAGGCACGGUGCCGCUGGGCCCUCUGACAGCCGUCUCCUGGGGCCGCCUCAGCCCAAUGCGGUAACAAGGCGGCAGGUAGCCGUUCGCCUCUCGCACCCUCUGGUUCCCCAGAAACUCACGUUGCCAACAGGAAAGACUGUGCCGCGCGGGCAGUUCCCGUAGCGCAGGUCCUGCCCAGCCGGCAGCUUAACCACCCAAAGAUCUCCCAGGCCCAGACACUGGCCCCCUGAUUUACAGCAAUAUCCACCUUGUUGCAAUUCUAGUUCAGCCAAAGGACUGAGGUAGACCUUUCCACUUCGUCUCCAGGCACUCAGCCUGGCAGGGCCCUACAGGAGGGUUUUGUCUUCUGCUUCCUACUUCUGGGACUGCUGUAGGACUGUCCGCCACAGGCCCGUGGCAGCUGAUGACCAGAAACCAUGUCUGUCACAUCCUGGGUGGCUCCAGGUGUUGGCCAGCUGACUUGGACACGACUCGUCUCAAGCCAUGUGAUUCCCAGGACAGAACAGGUCUUCGCUCUGUCGUGCACAGACACAAGAGGAGCCUGCAGGAGCUUGGCCCCUCAUCUCAGAUCAGUUGGCUUCACCACGAAAGCCCAGGACCAUGCCUGGUGGGCGGUCCCUCGGACUUGGAGCAGCCCAGGGGUCUUGGCUCCACCGAGAGCAGCGGUGCCAUCCUAGGUGUCUCGCAUGGAUGCCCCUGGCCUGGCACUGUUCUGCCUUCCCUGUGCCUAGGCCAGCCAGCCCACCUGACAGCCUCAUGCUUGGCAUUCAGAGAGUGGCUGUUGGCUGGGAAAAGGGUUUGAUGGCGCAUUGGGAAGUUACGGGGCUCCAGAGUUCCAGGGAGGAAUAUUUGCUUUCCACCAGGUCUAGAGGCUGCGGAGUUCUCUCCUUCAGUUGGUCCUUUCCUGCACUUUCAAGAAAUACCAGAGAAAUGGUACAUGGCACGUUUGUGAAGCCGAACUUCUGUCUUUCGGAGUUCCCCAUGCUUGCAGGUGGCCACCUGCUUCCUCCUGGACUUGGACAAGGCCCCUUGGAGAGUGGACACCUGGGGAGACGUCAAGGACGCAGCGCGCACCCUCUGGGCUCCACAGGUUCACAAGCGAGGUUUGAAACGAAGCCGGGAUGCAGAUGGAGAAGGGCGGCCCUGGAGAAAUGGCCCAGGCGGGGACGGGGCCUGGAUGUUGUCGUCAUGAGGGGCGUGCCUGCAGAGGCAGGAAGAGGAAGUGCACAGGGCACGGUGGGCGGCCUCCAGCCUCCUGGAGCUGGAGUGGGUUUGUAGCUAUGCCCUUGGGCUGGGAAGCGGCUGGCACCAGUGUCCCUGGGAUGUACCUGAAGGAGGGCUCCUAGGCAGGCUGCUGCUUUAGACAGGACCCAGAGGCUAAGUAAGGCUCAGGCUGUCCCCUGGAGACAGCAGAGGGGGGCUCCUGUCUCGGCCCUGCCCCAGCUCCCUGUGUCCACCUGGGCCAGUGGGAGAAUUGGGAUGGGGCCCGCCCCUCUCUUCACUGUGGCUAACGUUUGCUAGGCCAGUUAUGGUGAACCAAUGAUACGGUGUUUUUCCUCCUUAUGUUUCCCUCCCGGCUUCCCCUUUUCAGGGUUUUCUGGAGGAUGAUGUGGUUUUUCUUUGGCUUUUGUUUGGGUCUGAGGGUCGUAGUUGGUAGAGGCCAGUCUUUCCCAGAAGGGGCCCUGGGGUUUCUGUGUGAGAAGGCACCCACUCCCACUUGGACGAAGGUGAAGAUCCUGUUCGCGUAUUCAUGGCCCCACUGCCAUUGCCACAGUGUCGCUUUAAAGAUUCAAUUCCUAUACUGAGAGGGAUCUGCGAGGUUUGCAGUUGGGCGUCCGCAUCAGGACCGUGAGGGUCCUACCCAUCUAAUGCGUCCCACUGGGCACCUUGACUCUUCAAACCAAAGUUCCUUACAGGGGCGCAGCCCGGCCUUGACUGCAGCCUCAGGGGCCUGAGAUCCCUGUGGCGCUUCCCAAAGUCCAGGUUGGCCGGAGACCUUGGGGUCUGAGACCAGCCGGAAGGAGGCAUUCCUCCCACAACCCAGGUGCCAGCCAGCCCCUGCCUGGGACCCUCCCUCCCGCUCAGCCUGGGCGGCGGGGUUCCCAGAGGGUGAGUGAGCUCGUAGACCGGCACGGGGCUGACUCAGCAGCCAGGAGACAGAGGGACCUGCAGGGCCGGGGCCAAAGCCUCAGACCCACCGGGCGCAUGCCAGCAGGGCCAUUCAGAUCCCAAGCAUCAGGAAAACAUUUUGUACAACCACCUGAAGCCGAAAUAUUUUUUAAAAAGUAUAAAUUAUUUUCAGUUCUCUUCUGAUCCUACCUUCUUUUCCGCACAACUUCCCAUCGGUGAUUCUUUCACAUCAGGUAAAUCUCGAGAAAGCCUUGGUGCCCCUCCCUCCCGUGCCCCGCCCUGUGACCACGUGCGUGCACCCCCACCCUUUCUCAGUAGUGAAGACGAUCUAGGCAAUACCACGGGCACAUCGGACUGUGUCUCUCUCUUCGCGUGCAAGAAACUCAAAGUCAUCUUAAAAAAAAAUACAAAAAAAAAUUUACAAAAAAACAAACACAAAAAAAAUAUCUUUUUUAGGCCAGAGUUUUCUACAGGUAUUAAUGAAUAUUUUUCUUAAUCCUUAUAAGUUUUAUGUGUUUAAUAUUUCUUAAUACCGGUAGCAUUAAUUUAUACUUUUGUAGCAACACAAUAUUUUUAUAAACAGCCAGUGCUUGGCUCAAGUCUCCACGAGGGGUUUAUGCAGGGCCGUCUUGGGACCCUGUGUACCAUGUACUGUAUUAAAAAAAAAAAAGUUACCUAGUGUCACCCUUGCUGUGUUAAUUAAGGGAAGGCGUCGUUGGCGGUCUCCCGCAUCGGUGUGGAUCCCACAGCUCCGCCAGGAGUCACUGCGGGGGGGUUAAGUUGAUGGUUCUUGUGUGACGUAUGAGCCCCCGAGACCAAACUUGAGGGUUUAUUUAAGGGUUUUCUGUUUGUCCUUUGGGUUUUCCACUUUGCUUUGUUUGGGUACCGUUUCUCCAUUUACAGCCAAAUCUUCGUGGUGUUUCAAACUUUGACUGAUGUCAAAUGGAGGAAAGGGACAGAAGAAGGAAAGAUUUUUACAAAGUAAUAAAAUUUAAAACGGAGCUGUUUAAAUGUUGCUGUUUUGAACCGUUCUUGUCCAAAAGUGGGACAUUCCCAGGGAGAAGAGGAAGGUUCCACUUGGUUCCUUAAGUCGCCAAAAGCCCCAGCCCACAAUUCAGAACCCCUCUACCCCAUGAAUUCUCGCAACAUUGUUUCCCAGUCGGUCGAUGCCAAGGCAAAAAGACACCCUUUUAAUGGUUAGAGAGGAUCAGUUGCUUAAAUGAUUUCAUGUCAGUGUUGUAUUUAUGGUUUUACAAUAAAACGACCUUUAGGAAGA